AUGGCUUCCCGUCCGGAACUAAAGCUCGAUGACGAGGGCGGCUUCAUCCGCUUCUUCAAGUCGCUUCCGGCCGUCAACGAUGACACCGUCCGCAUUUUCGAUCGGGGCGACUGGUACACGUCCCACGGCGAUGAUGCCAACUACAUUGCCAAUACCGUUUACAAAACCACCUCUGUCGUCCGACAGCUCGGCCGCAAUGACCACACCGGCCUCCCCUCGGUCACCAUGACCGUCACCGUCUUCCGACAGUUCCUCCGCGAGGCUCUCUUCAAACUCGGCCGCCGAGUCGAAAUAUGGCAGAGCUCCAACGGCCGCAUGAAUUGGAAGUGCAUCAAGCAGGCCUCACCUGGCAACCUGCAGGACGUUGAGGACGACCUCGGCGGCCAGGUCGAGUCGGCCCCCAUGAUCAUGGCCGUCAAAAUAUCCGCCAAGGCCUCCGAGGCCCGUGCUGUCGGUGUCUGCUUCGCCGACGCGUCGGUCCGCGAACUCGGCGUCAGCGAGUUCCUUGACAAUGACCUCUACUCCAACUUUGAGGCCCUUCUCAUCCAGCUCGGCGUUCGCGAGUGUCUUCUCCCCCAGGAUAAGAGCGAAAAAGACAAGGAUCCUGAGCUCGCUAAACUCCGCCAAAUCAUUGAUAAUUGCGGUGUUGCCAUUGCCGAGCGCCCUGCAAAUGAUUUUGGCAUCCGUGACAUUGAUCAAGACCUGGCCCGUCUGCUCAAGGACGAAAAGGCGACGGGCCUGCUGCCCCAGACGGACCUUAAGUUGGCCAUGGGGUCGGCUUCGUCUCUCAUCAAGUAUCUCGGCAUUCUCCAGGACGUUUCCAAUUUUGGCCAGUAUCAGCUCUACCAGCACGAUCUAGCCCAGUUCAUGAAGCUCGAUGCCGCUGCGCUCAAGGCAUUGAAUCUCAUGCCCGGUCCCCGAGACGGCGCAAAGACGAUGAGCAUCUAUGGGGUUCUAAACCACUGCAAAACGCCAGUGGGUAGCCGCUUGCUGGCGCAGUGGCUCAAGCAACCACUCAUGAAAAAGGAAGAAAUCGAAAAGCGUCAACAGUUGGUCGAAGCAUUUUACACCGACACUGAGCUCCGCCAGACGAUGCAAGAAACACACCUGCGCUCCGUGCCGGAUUUGUAUCGGCUGUCAAAACGCUUUCAGCGCGGCAAGGCUAACCUUGAAGAUGUUGUCCGCGCGUACCAGGUUGUUAUCCGGCUUCCCGGCUUCAUCGGCACGCUCGAAGGCGUCAUGGACGAGACCUAUCGUGACCCUCUCGACGAGGCCUACACCACAAAGCUCCGCGACCUGUCAGACAGCCUCGGGCGGCUGCAAGACAUGGUCGAGCAGACGGUUGAUCUGAACGCCCUCGACCGCCACGAGUACAUAAUCAAGCCCGAUUAUGAUGCGGGCCUACGCAUUAUCCGCAAGAAGCUUGAUCAGCUGGAUCGUAGCAUUCGUGAAGAGUUCAACGAAGCUGCGCACGACCUUGAUCAGGAGGCGGACAAGAAGAUCUUUCUCGAGACGAGCCACAAGGUGCACGGCGUGUGCAUGCGCUUGACGCGGCAAGAGGCCGGUUGCAUCCGCAACAAGUCGAAAUACCAAGAGUGCUCGACGCAGAAGAACGGCGUCUACUUUACUACAAAGAAGCUACAGGCGUACCGCCGCGAGCACGAUCAGUUGUCGCAAAACUACAACCGCACGCAGAGUGGCCUCGUGCACGAGGUCGUCCAGGUCGCUGCGUCGUACUGCCCCGUGCUCGAGCGCCUCGCCGGCGUCCUGGCGCACCUCGAUGUCAUUGUCUCGCUCGCGCACUGCUCUGUCAACGCCCCCGAGGCGUACGUGCGUCCGACCAUCCACCCUCGUGGCCAGGGCCAGACGCGGCUGCUCGGCGCGCGCCACCCGUGCCUCGAGUUGCAGGAUGACGUGCAGUUCAUCACAAACGACGUCACCCUCACACGCGACACUUCGUCGUUUCUCAUCAUCACCGGGCCCAACAUGGGCGGCAAGUCGACGUACAUCCGCCAGGUCGGCGCCAUUGCCCUCAUGGCGCAGGUCGGCUGCUUCGUGCCCUGCGCCGAGGCCGAGCUCACCAUCUUCGACGCCAUCCUCGCGCGCGUCGGCGCCAGCGACUCUCAGCUCAAGGGCGUGUCGACGUUCAUGGCCGAGAUGCUCGAGACGGCCAACAUUCUCAAGUCGGCCACGUCCGAGUCCCUCAUCAUCAUUGACGAGCUCGGCCGCGGCACGUCCACCUACGACGGCUUCGGCCUUGCCUGGGCCAUUUCCGAGCACAUCAUCAAAGAAAUCCGCUGCUUUGCCAUGUUUGCCACGCACUUUCACGAGCUCACGGCGCUCGCCGACCAGCACCCACACGUCGCCAACCUGCACGUCACGGCGCACAUUGGCGGCGCUGGCGGCGACGGUGCCAAGGCGGACAAGCGCGAGGUGACGCUGCUGUACAAGGUCGAGCCAGGCAUCUGCGACCAGAGCUUUGGCAUUCACGUCGCCGAGCUGGUGCGCUUCCCGGACAAGGUGGUGCGCAUGGCCAAGCGCAAGGCCGACGAGCUCGAGGAUUUCACGUCCAAGCACGAGGAUCUUGGGCUGCAGUACAGCAAGGAGGAUGUGGAGGAGGGUAGCGCCAUGCUCAAGCAGCUGUUGGCCCGAUGGCGCGAGCAGGUCCAGGGCAAAGGGCUCAGCAAAGAGGAGCAGGUUGCGCGGCUCAAGGCGCUGGUGGGCGAGGAUGACAAGCUCCUGGCCAAUCCCUUUUUUCAGUCCGUCAAGGCUCUGUAG